AACAAACAAGCCAAGAUAUAACAGAAAAGCGUAGAGUCAUUUCUGUAAAUUACACAGCAAAUGAAGGGCAAUUACGAAACGUGGAAAACUAGAAAAGUGAUAAAGUCGCAGUAUAUCCAUAGACAGGUCAAAACCACAUUCCCUAUCUCGUAGCCGCCAAUCCCAAGAAAAUCAUUCCAAAAUUUCCCAAACUAUCCCUACCCCUUUUUUUUUUCAAUUUAUAAAUAUAAAAACAAAAUGAAGGGGAUUGGUUUCGUGUAGACGUAAAAGCUAUCGAUUUCCGUGUUCAAAGAUUUCCCUUAUUACAUCAUCACCAAAGCCAAGAAAGAGUAUUAAUUGGAGAAACCUCCUACUGUGUGACUCUGUGUAAAACAGGAUUUGAGAAAUUUCACAAAAUCUUAUUACAGAUUCUUCUUUUCCUCUUUUUUUUUUUAAUUUUAUUUUUUUGGUUGAUUUGAUUGAGAGAUAAAUUGUCGUAUGUUUGGCUGUAUGCUGUGGAGGGAGAAUCAAUGGGGAGCAAAUGGAGGAAAGCAAAGAUGGCAUUGCAAAUGAAAAUGUGCCUGACUGUGCCGAGGAGUUCUGAAGAAUCAUCUCCGGGACAAUCUUCAUCGACGAGAUUUUCCGAUGCCGGCGUUUCUCUAUCUCCGGCGACCCCGCGGAGACACUCCGGCGGUGGCCGCCUUGAUAUGCCCACCACGCCUGUUCCUUCUUCCUCCGGCCUUCGUCUCCCCAAACAUUCCUCCAAAUCUUCUUCCAAGAAAACUUGUGCAAUAUGCCUAAACACGAUGAAACCAGGCCAUGGCCAUGCUAUUUUUACUGCAGAAUGCUCUCACUCUUUUCACUUCCAUUGUAUCACCUCGAAUGUGAAGCAUGGAAACCAAAUGUGUCCUAUUUGCAGAGCUAAGUGGAAAGAAAUUCCUUUCCAGAGUCCUGCUAAUGAUAUCACCCGUGGAAGGGCAAGAAAUAGUAAUGGUUCAUGGCCUCAAGAUGAUCCAUGGGUGACGGUUCUGAGACGGCUUCCUGCUCCAAGAUUGGAGACCCCGCGGCACACGUCUUCGUCUUUUCUUGUUGCUGAACCUAGUGUCUUCAAUGAUGAUGAUGAGCUCAUCAGUUGUGAGCCUGAAAGAAGGGAGAACUCAUCUGAUCUUGGACAUGGUCAUAUAGCUGGAAAACUUGAUCUUAAAGCAUACCCCGAGGUUUCUGCUGUUUCUAAAUCUGCAAGCCACAAUGAUUUCACAAUUCUGAUUCAUCUUAAAGCUCCCAAUACUGGUCGCCAUGGGCAUUUUAUGACAGAUCAAUCUGGUUCAUUAGUGACAUCUCAUCAAUCUCGAGUGCCUGUUGAUCUUGUUACAGUGCUUGAUGUUAGUGGCAGCAUGGCAGGUACAAAGCUCGCCUUACUUAAAAGAGCCAUGGGAUUUGUGAUUCAAAAUUUGGGGCCAUCUGACAGGCUAUCAGUUAUUGCCUUUUCGUCCACUGCACGGCGUCUCUUUUCACUUCGCAGGAUGACAGAUGUAGGAAAAGAAGAAGCGUUACAAGCAGUCAAUUCAUUAAGCUCUAGUGGUGGGACAAACAUCGCAGAGGGUUUGAAGAAAGGUGCAAAGGUAAUGACUGACCGCAAAUCAAGAAAUCCUGUGAGCAGUAUAAUAUUGUUGUCUGAUGGGCAAGACACUUAUUCUAUUAGUCCUGGUUCUACAAAUAGGCAAAGUGAUUACCAAUCUUUGCUCCCAGUGUCCAUGCAUCGCGGUAACAAUGCAAAUAUCCAUAUUCCUGUCCAUAGUUUUGGAUUUGGUGCAGAUCAUGAUUCCAUCUCAAUGCAUUCUAUCUCUGAAAAUUCUGGAGGAACGUUCUCUUUUAUUGAGGCGGAAAGUGUUAUUCAAGACGCUUUUGCACAAUGUAUUGGUGGACUUUUGAGUGUUGUAGUGCAAGAAUUGACAGUUAACAUAGAAUGCCUGCACCCUGGAUUACAACUGAAGUCAAUAAAAGCAGGAAGUUAUAAAACCAAAUUGAUGUCUGAUAGCAGAAUGGGCUCUAUUGAAGUUGGAGAUUUGUAUGCUGAAGAAGAAAGAGAUUUUCUUAUAACCUUGGACAUUCCAGUUGAAAGAUCAAGUAAUGAGAUGCCAAUACUAAAUGCCAAGUGUGCUUAUAAGGACCCUGUUUCCAAAGAACCCAUGACCUUGAAUCAGGCUAUUGAAGUUAAAAUUCUUAGGCCUGAAGUAACCGCUGAGCUUGUGGUGUCAAUGGAAGUGGACAGGCAGCGUAAUAGGCUUCGAUCGGCAGAAGCAAUGGCGGAAGCACGAGCUGCUGCUGAGCGUGGUGAUCUAGCAUCUGCAGUAUCUGUGUUGGAGGAGUGUCGUAAUCAAUUAGUUGAAUCUGUGUCCCAUAGAACUGGAGAUAAGUUGUCUACGGCAUUAGAUGCUGAGCUAAAGGAAAUGCAAGAGAGGAUGGCAAGUCGCCAAACUUAUGAAACAUCCGGUAGGGCAUAUGUUCUGUCAGGAUUGAGUUCACAUUCGUGGCAAAGGGCUACGGCUCGUGGGGAUUCCACCGACAGUACUAGCCUAGUGCAGGCUUACCAAACACCUUCCAUGGUGGACAUGGUUAGUAGAUCUCAAACAAUGAUCCUUGGCAGCCCAUCUCCCCGCCGGACACUCAGGCCAGCGCUAUCAUUUCCAGCUCGUCCACAGCCAAGGUGAUUAGUCUUUUUUGUAUUAUAUCUAGCAGCCGUAACCGUCCAUUAAGGCGUUGAUUUUUGCAACGCAUUGUGAUUUUGGUUUUGGAUGAGUUAUAGUUUUGGGGGUAGUGUGAGCUAACUUUGAAGAGAUUGGAACAGUUUUUGGGUGCUUUUUCUUUAGUCUGGAUGGGGUAUACUACAAAGUUGGUUGUACAUGAAUAAAUAGAAUAUCGAGGGUGUUGGUAUAUUUGGGUUUUAAAAGGUUUAUGGGAAAGGGGAAAAGGCGACGAUUUGACAAGAAUGAAUUCCAUUGUGUAUAUACAGAAGAUUUUGUAGCUUCUUUGUUUGAGAAGAGAUGGUGGUUGGGGUAUAGCUGUUUUUCGACUCAAUAGAAGACCAAUGGCGUCAAAAUUCAUUUGGACUAUUAUUAUUUCUUUAUGUUUCAGUUUCUUUUUUUUCUUUUUUUUCCUUUCCUGUGACGUCUUUUAAAGUUGAAAAAAAGCAUGUUCUUACUUGCACUUGCAUACAUAUUUGGAACAAACCAACGUCAAAC